AUGUUCUUCAAAACAGACACUUGGCGGAUUGAACGCAAACGGAUCGGAUGGACAGAGGAGUACAAAUUUCUGUAUAGAAAAGGCUACAAAAAAGCUCGUUGUCAGCUCGAUCUCUUUGUACAGCUUAUCGUUGCUGAUUACCAUGUCCGUGAACUUGCUCAGCAGAAGGAAAUGCUGCAAGAAAAGGUUCGGGCACUCCAAAAAAUGCAAAGUGCCGGCGAAGACGAAGCACAGCUCCAGAAACUGGAUAAAGAGCAAGAGGUGCUCCGGAAGCAAUACUGGUAUCAGGAGUGUGAGCUUCACAAGUGGCAAAGCAGCAUUCCCGGUGGCCCUAUGAAACUUGCCUAUGAAUCAUUAAGAAAGAAUCCGAAAUGGUAUAUGCAAAAUGAACUGAUCAAGGAUUGUGCUGGGCGAGGUGGUUGCUGCGGGCGUGUAUGCGGAUGCUGCGAGAAACGCGAGUCUACUCCUGAACGAAACAUGGGAGCCGGGCACUGCACUACUGGGUGUGCAUGCUGCUCGAGCUUUCGGGGAUGUGAGCUCACUGCACAACAGAAGACGAAUAUUAGAGAAUCUCUGAGAGCGGCCCUCGAGUAUUCGGAUAGUGCUUAUCUUCUCACAAUGUCGCGCGCUUACAUGAUAAGGGACAAGAAGGUCUAG